CAUUGCCUCUUUUUCCUGCUCAUACCUAGUUGACUUUUGAGUUGUGAAUCACAGAAAUCCUCAAAUCUUUAGAAAUUUGAAGAUCUUCUUCAUGCCCAAUCUCUCCAUUCGCCUCCAUGGAGAUCACCCAAAGAAACUCUUUGGGUACUUCCCAUAUCUACUUCUACCUUUCCUUGUCCAUCUUACAAUCUCAACCACAGCCGAUCUCCUCUACAUACCCUCUGAAAGCAUUCUCAUUAACUGUGGCUUUCCUUCCAACACUACUUCUGCAGCCUCCAAUGGCCGCAACUGGACUACUGAUGUCGGAUCUAACUUCAUGUUCUCUGCACAACCCAACACAUCAACCCCCUCUGAAGCCUCUAAACAAUUCAUUUCCAUCCCCCAAAUCCCUUACAUGACUGCCCGGCUCUUCUAUUCCCAGCUCAACUACUCAUUUCCCGUCUCACCUGGCCCAAAAUUCAUUCGUUUCUACUUCUACCCAGAUUCUUAUUCUGGCUUAAACCGAUCUGACGCCUUCUUCACCGUCUCCGCCGGUCAAUUUACUCUCCUUAGCUACUUCAGUCCUUCCCUCACCACUGACUACCUCAACCAAGACUACCUAAUCAAAGAAUUCAUUGUCAACAUAGAAGGCCACACAUUGGACAUCUCAUUCACUCCAUCUAAUGACUAUGGCUUUGUUAAUGGAAUCGAGAUCGUCUCAAUGCCUUCUAAUCUCUACAUUCGCGACGAAGUCCUCCCCUUCAUGGGUCAGCUGAAUUGGUUCGAAUUCGAUAACUACACAGCAUUAGAGACAGUUCACAGAUUCAAUGUCGGCGGAAAUGAAAUUCCACCAGAGAAUGAUACCGGCAUCUUUCGUGCCUGGUUUGAAGACCAUGAUUACAUACUUGGUGAUGCAUAUGGAGAAACAAGCAAGAAAACAGAGGUUCCAUUUCUGCGAAACCCGAGAUCUGAUAACGAAUCCGAAUCAGAUAAUGUUCUAUAUCUCGAUCGGCAAUGAGACUUCUGGAGAUCAAAUUGAUGUCAUAAAGCGAAGCGGUGGCAAUGGAGUGCCAAUGUAUGUAGAUUAUGUUGGAAUGGUUGUUGCAGAGGGAAGCUACAGAGGAAAGCAAGAUCUAUGGAUCUCUGUGUAUCCUUGUAUUGAAGCUAAGCCAAUGUACUAUGAUGCAAUAUUGAAUGGGCUAGAGAUAUUCAAAUUGAAUAGCAGUGAUGGUAAUUUAGCCGGAGCUAAUCCUCCACCGAUCAAACCUGAUCAGGCUCAUACUGGGUUUCCAUCUCGGCGAUUAAUACUUGUCGCCGGUAGUGCCCUGGCCGGCGGUGCUUUUGCAAUCUGUCUGGUAUGUUUCUUGAUUUACCGUUAUGGCCGGAGUGUGAAGGACAAGUAUGGUAGGUGGAUUUCUCGACCGAUUAAUCAUGGCCGCUACCUCUCACUUGGGGAGAUUACAAGUUCAAGACAGUAUGAGCAAGUUGGUUGAUGAAGGAAGAGGUGAUUGCAGGGUUAAUCAUAGUCAAUAUCUACUGAUAUACACUGCAAUUGGGGAAGAUGUGGUCGGCUAAGCCCACACUCACCAGGAGCCUCUGGCCACCACCACCACCACCAUUCUAUAAUGUAUUCAUGAAAAGGAAAAUACUGAUCUCUCAAUAUUUAUUGAUGUCUGGUCAAACUGACCAUUGGAUGGAUUAAGUUUUCCUCGUGUAUGUUGAGUUCUAAAAAAAUUUGUAGUAGUUUGAAUCUUUGAUAGUAAAUGUUGGAAUGAAACUUUGAUGAAUAAA